AUGGACGGGCAGACAGCGGGCCAGCCACCGCCGCAUAGGCAGGCAAAGCCACAACAAGCGACCAUCCCGCCCUUCGACUCGCCAGACGCCGUCGUGCGCUCGCUCAAGACCAGGGAUGCCGCAGCGCUUCAAGCGGCUCUGAAUCAAAUCGACAAGCGGGCAGCGGCGUUGGUCGCCAGGGAGGCGCCGAGAGCGCAGCCGGACCUCUUGCUCGACUACCUCAAGCUGCACCCGGGCUGCGAGGGCGUCUUCGAGGCGUGGGACCUGGCUAACAAGACCAACAACUCCCCGCUCUCGACCGCCGUCCUCUCCUGCCUGACUUCCCUCGUCCGCCUCGCCUCGACAGACCCCUUCACGCCCUCCCCGGACCUGCUCAAGACCCUCCUCUCGCCGAAAUACCACCCCUACCUCGAACGGAGCUUGAACCCGGGACGAAACGAUGUCACGACUGCGUCGCUCAAGUUGUGUAAUGUGCUUGUUGGAUUCGGCGGUGGGAAGUAUGCGAGGAAGGUGUUUGGGUGUUUUGGGUGGUCGCCCAAGGUCACUUCUCGCCUGUACAAGACCCGCCUCCGCUCGCUCACCUCUUCCAACGCCCUCUCGAAACCCGACAUCCGCACUCUCCUGAUCCUCCUCGUCCUCUCAUUCCUCUCCGCCUCGGACGUCCGCCUCAAAUCCCAAGUCCUCGAAACCAAGGGCUUGUUGAGCGGCGUCUUCAAGGGCUUGAAUGAGGAUCCCGAGAGUGUGGUCGGGCUUGUGUUGGAGGUUGUGGCGAGGGAGGUGGUGGUUGAACGGAGGGUUGGGCUCGAGGCGAGGAGGAACGUGUUUGAUGAGGCGUGCAUCAACGAGCUCGUCAAGUUGUACGACUACCCGCUCCCAGUUGGCGACGACGACGUUCCCCCCUCCCACCCCUCACUCUCAAUCCACCGUUUCCUCCAACUGCUCACCACCUGGCUCUCGGACCAAAUCGCCUCCUCACCACCCGGCCGCUCGUCCCACCCUCAACGCGUCCUCUCGACCCUCCUCCGCGCACUCAAAGUCACCGAAUCCCCGCGCCAGCGAGACUUGGGUCUCGAGAUCCUUCGCUCUGCACCGAUCCUCGCCGGAGCGUUCUGGACCAAGUUCCCGAGCUCGUUAGAUCCGAGGUUGAGUUCGAGGUGGGUUAGCGCGAUCACGUUUGCGACGCAGGUGGUUGGGCUGCCUGUCGCGCGGGACUUGUCGAAGGGCGGAACGGCCCCUCCUCCGGCUGUCUCCACCAUCCUCGAUACCAUCCUCCCGCCUUCUACGUCCUCCACCCUCAACCGCGCCUGGUACACCAAAUCCAUCACGCACGAAACACCCCUCGUCUCGUUCCUCUCGUCCCUCUUCCUCCUCUCGAUCCUCCAGAAGGCUGCGAAAGUCCUUGAGGUUAUGGCUGAGACGAGUCGCGUGCUUGAGGAGGGCGAGGGAGGGAGGUGGGCCGUUCAGGCGAGGAAAGUUAGGGACGAGUUGAGGAAUCGGCUGCCGGAUCCGAGUAUUGUUGUGGGUUUGAUGACCAAGACAGCGGCGGCUGCUGCUGCGUCGGCGGCAGCUGGGAAGGAGAAGGAUGGUGAGGCGACGGCACCGAAGAAGAAGGACGACGGGAUGGCUGAAGGCGCGCUCCUGCGCACCAACGUCGCACUUCGCCUCCUCUUCCUCUACCACCGCGUCGCACCCUCGCUCAUCGCCACGCUCAAAUUCGAUUUCGCCAAACUCCCUCAGACGUACGCCCAACAUGCCCGGCCCGCCUCGCCCUCCACCGACUCGACCGACGCACAAGGCUCCUCCGGCCUACUCGCCAUCUCCUCUUCCUACGCCCUUCGCCUCGCCGCCGCGCACUCCUCCUCAUCCAACAUCUCCCUCAACCGCCCCGGAGACCACUACAAGUCCUCCCUCGUCCCGCUCUUCCAGCUCUACCGCACGCCCGCCACCCGCUCGAACCGCGCGCUCUUGCGCGAGAUUCUGAGGAGACAACUCGACUCGCCGUUGUUGUUUGGGGUGCCUGGAGCGAACGCGGUGGAUGAGGGCGAGGUGGAUGUUUGGUUGAGAGCGUUGCCGGUCCCUGCGGCUGAGGGUACUGGAAGGUCAGCGACGAGCGAAGAGAUGGACGUCGUACUCGACUUUUUCGCCAAAUGCGUGCAGAAGACGCUCACGGCGCCUUUGAAGCUCGAGCACUCGGCGCAAGAGGCCGAAAGGGGGUUCAGUAGGUUGCUCGCGACGGUCGUGGCGGAACUUGCGGCGAAUCAGGACGACGCGGUGCGCGCGUUCGUCAAGGAUAGUGUGCUGCACUUCUUGGCGCAGCAGAAGGAGCUUUCGAUGGUAGGGCAGUUGGUGGAUGUUCUUGAGGAGAAGCUUCCUAAGGAGGAGGAGCUCGUGAGGUUGUUGCGCGACUGUCUCGCCGUCGCGCAGGGUCACGAGGUUGUCGAUGGUGUUGUGCCUGCACUCGCCUCGCGUCUCGAGGAAUCGGAGGACGACGAACUCGCUUCGGUCGUCGCGUCCCUGAGUCCCGUCAAGCAGAACGUCUUCGCCUCGCUCGCCGACUCGACACAGCUCCAGCGUGUCCUUGCUGCGAUGCCACUACCCCUCGUCCUCAUCCACGCGCGUGCGACCGAGUUGACCCACCCGUCCAUCGCGCGAACAAUCCUCGGCUUCGUUUCGACCUCGUCUUUCCACGUCCCGACUGUGCGACUGUUGUUGCACCGCUUCGUCAACGGCUCGCAAGCCGAUGAGGUCACCGCAUUCAUCGUGCGGGCGUACGGUCAAGCGGGCGAGGCGCCGAAGAAGGAGAUCAAGGAGAUGUUGGUCGCUCAGGAGGGAUUGCUCGGCGUGUUCAAGCGGGAUGGUCUCUCCUCCGCCGGCUACACGAACACGGUUCGACUGGUCGGUCAGGUGCUUGACCCGACCGUCUCUUCCGAUAUCCUCCUCGUCCAGCCGUUUUGCGACGCCGUUCUCGCCGAUCUCACCCCCGUCAAUCCCGCGUCUGAGCCACCCGCGAAGAAGCGCAAGCGCCGUUCAUCGCCGCCGCCACCUCCAACCGGUCUCUCCCAGCGCGUACUCGCUGCCGGCCCUCUCCUUCCCUUCUUCGCCACGACCUCCUCCCUUCCCCUCCUCGAGGCGCUCCUUUCACACUUCAGCGCCGAUCCCACCACCCUCGACCCAGCAUCGAAGCAGCUUCUCGGUUCCGCCUUCGCCCGCGUCCUCGACCUGCCGACUUCGACCUCCUUCCUCUCGUUCUGGUCCUCUCAGUUCUCCCGCCUAAACACCCUCUUGACCAUCGACGGUCUUGAGAAGGCAGGCGACGUCCUCGUCAAAGGCGCCGACGCGCUGCUCCCUUUCUCGACCUCCUCGGCAACUCGCUCGAAGGAGUGGAGCAGCCUUCCGAAGGCAGACGACUGGGCUGCCGAGCUCCUCGCCGGUUCCGCCGUUUCGACGGCGCAAGCAAAGACGCUCGCCGCGCUCGUGUACCGCUCUACGGCCGCGCGCGUCCGGUUCGCCGCUUGGCUUGCAGGAAAGGGCGUCGAGACGGACCUCGUCGCCUUAGCCGCACCGCUAGAGGCACUCGUCAAAGUCGCUGAGGCGAAGGUCGACUCGAACGCCUCGGUCCAGCCGGACAUCGUCGCAGCGCUCGUUCAGCAACUUGCGACGUCGCCCGCACGCGCGGCUGCCGAGGCCUUGCGAGCGGUCGCGGUGAUCGUCUCGCAUGACACCUCCAAGGAGGUUGAGGCGGUCCUGCGAGCUCGUCUGACAGGUCUCGGUCGCGACGGCUUCCGCGCUGCCGACAUCAGGCUCGCCUCGACUUUGGCGAGGACGCGACAGACCCUGACGAGUAUGCUUGAAGCAUUCGUGAACGCGACGUUCGAGGGCCUGGUGCGACGGUUCGCGGAGGAUGAGGAGGAUGGAGAGGAGGUUAGGCAGCUCGUGGAGGCUCUGACUGCGACGCUUCACGAACGCACGACGUUGUCGCUGACGAGCAAUGCGCUGAGCCCGCUCAUCACGGCCAUCACGACAAGGCGGCUCGACCAGCCUUACGCGACGGCGCUCGGCACGGCUCUUUGUGAGCAGCAGCAGCUGAAGGACAACGAGGUCACUCGGCACCUCAACGAGAUCUUCGCGUCGCCCCGUUUCCACGCCUUCACCGCCAACCCAACCGACUCGCCUACCGCAGUCUCCUCCGCCCUUGCACUCGUCCUCGCUCUCGCAUCGUCUUCGCCCACGGCCGCCGCGAACGCCCGUUCCGUUGAGCGCCUCGUCCCCUUCUACCGAGGUACUCUGUCCCCCGGCGACCGCUCUCUCCUCGACCUGUUCCAGCGCAUCGAGCUCGUCAGCGGCGCAUCCGUCUCGCCGGCACUUCGCAACUGGGCGCCCUCGAUCGACUCGGCCUCGCUCCUUGACGGCACCCGCAUCGCUGCUAUUGCCGCGAGUCAGAAGACUUUCGUCUGUCGCAGCUGGGCUCGCGCGUUCGCCUCGACUCGCACGUCGUCCGCGGCUGAAGACGACGCGAGGACAUACGACCCGCACUUCAUCGUGCCGUUCGUCGCGGCGCUUGCGGAUGAGGACGACUUGAAGCUGCAGGAGUGGACGACGCUGCUCGAGAGUGGCAUGCUCGGCACGGUCGUCGCGGCGCUUGCGUCGAGUGACAACGGCCUGCGCGGACUGGCAAGGUCGGCGCUUGCGGCUCUGCUGAAGAAGGCCGAACCGCUCGCGUUCCGCGAGAAAGACGAGCUCGUCCUCGUCUUGACCCAAGUGCGCCUGACGAUCUACUCCCAAGCGGGCGAAGCAAUCCCCUCCUCGAUCGCCCUCUUCCUCGCACACUGCGUCUCUCUCAUCGGCUCUCCCGAAUCCGCUCUCUACCCGCCCUUCAUGCGCUUCCUCCUCCAGCGCUCGACGAUGGACGUCCGCGACGUCCCGCUGUUCUACAAUAUGCUUUAUUCGAGCAAUACGGAUGAGUAUGCGGCGGCGCCGAGGGAGGAGAGGGCUUGGAUGGUGAGGUACUUGACGGAGGGUCUCGUGCGGUCGCAGGACUGGAAGAUCUACCGGCGCCGACAGGUCUUCGAGCUUCUCGCGUCGCUGUUCGAAGCGAGCAGGCAAGACCCGCCUCUCCGCAAGCUCGUCCUCAAGUUCCUCAUCCGCGCAACCUCGAUCCCGGCAGCCGCACGCGAGCUCCUUUCCCGCAACGGCCUGCUCGGCUGGCUAUCCUCCCAGCUUCCGCUCGACAUCGCCGAACGCCGGCUCUUCCUCCAGGUCGUGUGCAACAUGGCGCAGGUCGUCCCGUGGGACAAGAUGGCGGGUGUUGCGGAUGUGGUCGAGGCGACGGUGAAUGCUGUUGGACCGGAUGUCACCGCCGUCGACGCUCCGACAUUGCUCGACCUCGUCCGGCACGUCGUUACGCAUCUCUCGCCCACUUCCACCUCUUCCUCCCUCCUCCCGCUCAUCCUCUCUCGCCUUUCCGACAUACUCCGAGCCGUCUCCGCCACUCUUGACGCCCCCUCCGCCUCGACUAGCGUCCAGGAGCGCUUCUAUACAACGGUCACCCUCCUUGCCUUCGUCCGUUACGAGGCGAACCAGCCCGAGCGCAAGGAGGACAGGGAGUUGUGGAGUGCGGCGGUCAAGGCGGGAUUGAAGGCGGGCGUGAAGGAGUUGGAGAAGGAGACGAUCAGGAUCUUGAGCGGGUAG